AUGGCCACCACCACCAGCAAGGAGGAAUUCCCACUGAUAGACCAACUACAAAACGAACUCAACCGGGUGCUGGAAGAAACGGGAAGGCUGUUCGCCGCCUCAGCUCGAGACAGCAAAAACCCACCAGUCGCACAGGCCUCGCGCCUGAAGCAGAUUUUGCCGAGUUCUACCAAUAGCUUUCACGACGCGCUGGAUCAGCUCGAGGAUGAAUUGCAGAUUGCCCAGUUUGUCUUGCGGAGGGACUUGGCUUUGUGCCGCGAGCGCGAUGGAAUUCCCAAGACGGUGCCUACAGAAGAUGCCGCUGCAGCGAAGCCAACGGUGGCCGAAACAGAGCAGCCAAAGCAACCAGACCUGGCUUACGAGUCACAGGAAGCUGAAGAUGUGUCCAUGAUGGAUGCUGAGACGGAUGCGCCAGCCCAUGCUGAAGAAUCAACUAAGCCAGAGCCACCAGAAGCCAUGCCUUCAGCAGAGGCGCCCACGGAUGACACCGCCACCACCAAACCGCCAGAUGAACCGACUACCAAAACGGAACCCCCUUCAAUCGACGAAAAGCCGUCAGAACCACCACUUCAGAUCGACACCCAGAACCAACCGAAGGAGUCCACCACCAAGCCCACCGAACCAGCCGCAGAAGACAAAGAGCCUGACACCGGCACCUUCAGCAACCCCGCCGAUCUUGACUCUCUCUUCGGCGGUCCCACCUCCGCCACCAUCGACAACGCCCCAGACUUCAAUCUAGACUCCGCCAACGACCAAGGCGACUUCGACUUCUCUUUCGGCAACGACGACAAUGGAAACGGCGCGGACAACGAGAACUCUCUUUCGGCCUUGUUGCCAGGAUUGCAUGACUACGCGAACACGCAGCCGGGUGGAAAUGCUGAUCAGGAUUUUUCUGCGCUCUUUGGGAACGAUAUAGGGAGCGCGGGGGCAGGGGCAGGAUGGAGGAAUUGA